GUUCCUCAUGCUUGUGACAUUUCCUGUUUCAGUUCGACAGAUGCUAACAUAAUUCAUAAACGACAGCUCCUGCAGCGUUAUACAUUCUUUCCAGCAUGGGGAUUGUGGUGAAGAUGUUGCUGUGGGCCUGGAUGGUCCUGGACCCGGGGGUGUGUUCAGUCUCACUGCCAGACAUCACCGAUGGGAACUUCGUGGAUGAAUGUGUGAGGGAACACAACGGGGCCCGGUCCUCUGUCGGUCCGCCUGCAGGUGACAUGCUGUACAUGACGUGGGAUGAGGGCUUGGCCAUCACUGCGAGAGCGUGGGCGAGGCGCUGCGUGUUCGAACACAACAUCUACCUCCGAGACGUCCGCCGCGUGCACCCCACCUUCUCCUCUGUGGGAGAAAACAUCUGGACAGGCCACCCCCCGUCGUCGUUUAACGUGCGAAAGGCCGUGAAACGCUGGGUGGAUGAAAAGCAGCACUAUGACUACAACAGCAACGGCUGCACAAAACUCUGUGGCCACUACACACAGGUCGUGUGGGCCAGCACCUACAAGGUUGGCUGUGCCGUCCAGCUGUGCCCCAACGGGGUGAAAAGCUUUGGCCCUGAAGAGGGUGUCGUGUUUGUGUGCAACUAUGCCACGGCGGGGAACGUGAACGGAAGGAGACCUUAUGAAGAGGGGGCAGGCUGCUCCGGAUGUAAAGGGGACUGCGAGGACAACCUCUGCCGAAGUAAAGAACGAGAUUCCCAGAAAAGGUACAACUGGACCCCCGACUGGGACGCUGCUCCGGCCACCAGGGGCUCCGACUACGUGAUUAUUCUGGUGGUCCGGCCCACCGCCCUCCUCUUCACCUUCAUCACAGCGUAUGCAGUCCACCACUUUUACCCCGAUGUAUUCUGCUAUGAAUAGAGCACCUGCGGUGACCUUAAGAACACACACACACACACACACACACUCAGGAAAGGCUGCAAUGAAGAUGCAGGUUUUACUUAACCCUUUCAUUUUGUGGUCUAUAGUCAGCUUCUAAGUAGUGAAAGAUCUGUACAUAAAGGUCAAACACUUUAGCAAAAUAGAGCCCAGACCUCAUCCAAGGCAUUCCCCAUCCCACAAUGCAUUGGGAAUUUCCCCAAUCAGGAACUUAAUAUACCAACAGCACGCGAACGCAACAUCUAUUCAGAGAUGUGAAUGAAAGUGAAGAAUAUGUGGUGUUCCCACUCUUGAGCUUUGAUCCACUCCAACAUAUAAUGGGGUCUUACCUACCCAUGAUGCACUCUUCCACUGUUUCCCCAUCGUGUUUACAGGCAAACGGAGGUAAAAUAGAAUCAUGUCUAACAGUGACCUUUAUUUUUGCAUCCAAAGAUGUGCUUUAGAUAAACUGGACUUUAAAUCUAACCACCAACAAAUGUGGACUUUGCUACAAACCUGUAUCUAGAGAUAUGAUAAGUGAAGCCACAUAUACUUUACCUCUAUAUUAAGUUUGUUUUCA